AUGGGGACCACACAUUCCAAGGGUGGUGACAGGCGGGGAGCACUCCCUGGCCGCCCUGAGCUGUCUUUCUACAGCUCUUUCCCCAGGAAAUGGAGCGAAAACGUCUUCUUGGAUAAUGAGCUAUUGACCUCCAAGAUUCUGUCAGUGCUGAAGCCCCAGGCAGAGCCAGGCUUCAGAACGGGCAACCUCCGCUGUCCUGCCCACUUUCUCAGCACCAACUCUGUAUUUGCUUCUGUUGCAGCCUCCCUGAAGGAACACCCUCGGACUACACUCCUGUCUGAUGGCAGCAGCCCAGCUCCUUCCAGGAAUGUCGGCAUGACCAUCUCUCAGAAAGGAGGUCCCCAGCCAACAGCGAGCCCAGCCGGUUCUGGGGUACGACUUGGACCAAUCACUGGAGACAUGGAUGAAGCCGACACUGUGUUUUUAAAGUUGAAGCAGAGUACCGAUGACUCUCUGUCACUCACAUCCUCAAACGCUGAGUCUGUUUUCAUAGAAGAUCCUUACAUUGCCUCACUGAGGUGUGAGAUCGAAUCUGAUGCCCAUGAGUUUGAGGCUGAGUCCUGGAGCCUCUCUGUGGAUUUAGCAUAUGCCAAGAAACAAAAGAAGGAGGUGGUAAAAAGACAGGAUGUCCUGUAUGAGCUGAUGCAGACAGAAGCACACCAUGUGCGCACCCUCAAGAUCAUGCUGAAAGUGUACUCCAGAGCCCUGCAGGAGGAGCUGCAAUUCAGUGGCCAGGCAGUGAGCCGCCUGUUCCUAUGUGCUGAUGACCUAUUGGAAAUACACAGCCACUUCCUUGCCCGCCUCAAGGAGCGCCGGCAGGAGUUCUUGGAGGAGGGCAGCGACCGGAAUUAUGUCAUCCAAAAGAUCGGGGAUGUCCUGGUCCAGCAGUUCUCAGGGGAAACCGGAGAGAGAAUGAAAGAGAAAUACGGUGUGUUCUGUAGUGGCCACAACGACGCGGUCAGUCACUACAAGUUACUGCUGCAGCAGAGCAAGAAGUUUCAAAACUUAAUCAAGAAAAUCGGCAACUCUUCCAUUGUGCGACGGCUGGGAGUUCAGGAGUGUAUCCUUCUGGUCACACAGCGUAUAACCAAGUACCCAGUACUGGUGGAGCGUAUCAUCCAGAACACGGAAGCUGGCACUGAGGACCACAAAGACCUGAGCCAAGCCCUGAACCUCAUCAAAGACAUCAUCUCACAAGUGGAUGCCAAAGUCAGUGAGUAUGAGAAGGACCAGCGCCUCAGGGAGAUCGCAGGCAAGGUGGACUUGAAGUCAUCCAGCAAACUCAAGAAUGGGCUUACCUUCCGCAAGGAGGACAUGCUGCGGCGCCAGCUCCACCUAGAGGGCACCUUGUGCUGGAAGUCCACAUCAGGACGCUUGAAAGAUGUCCUCGCUGUCCUGUUGACUGACGUGCUUCUGCUGCUGCAGGAAAAAGAUCAGAAAUAUGUCUUUGCUUCUGUGGACUCAAAGCCGCCCAUCAUCUCUCUGCAAAAGCUAAUUGUGAGAGAAGUGGCCAACGAGGAGAAGGCCAUGUUUCUGAUCAGUGCCUCCAUGCAAGGACCGGAGAUGUAUGAGAUCUAUACCAAUUCCAAAGAAGACAGGAACACCUGGAUGGCUCACAUCCGCAGAGCCGUGGAGAGCUGUCCAGAUAAGGAGGAGGGCUCCUCCAUCAAGCCUGAGGAGAGAAGGAUGAGUGAAACCUUCACCCUGAGACUCCGGGACUUUCAAGAACGACUGAGCCUGAAAGACCAGCUGAUCGCACAGAGCCUUCAGGAGAAGCAGCAGAUCUACCUGGAGAUGGCAGAGCUGAGUGGGCUGGAUGAGUCAGCCCAGUGCCGAGGCCUCUUCCGAGGAGGCGGGGACCCCUCUGAGACCCUACGGGGGGAGCAGAUUCUCAGAUUAGCCAUGAGUGAGAUUGAGGGCAUCCAAAGCCUGAUUUGCCGGCGGCUGGGCAGCACCAGUGGCCAAGUGGAGGAGGGAGGUGUCUCUGCAGGCCUGCCUCGGAGGGCUGAGACCUUCGGGGGCUAUGACAAUGUGGGCAGCCCCAGCAAGAAUGGCAGCUUUAAAAAGAAGAUGUGCAACAACGACCUCGGGCCCCAAGACUGGCAGGGGCCUGCUAGCGGCCCAGAUUCCAGAUCCUGUGAUGGCAACACCCCCGGUGGCUGUGAGGAAUCACCACAGGCGGUGGAGAUGCCUAGCACAGAGAGCAGCUCAUGUCUGCCCACUGUCCUGGAGUCAGAGCUGGUCCACCGGGUCCAGACACUGUCGCAGCUUCUUCUUAGUCUCCAGGCAGUUAUCGCUCAACAAGACAGCUAUGUGGAGAUGCAGCGAGUGGCCAUCCAGGAGCGUGAGAAGCAGUUCCGACUGCAGUCAACACGCGGGAACCUGCUGCUAGAGCAAGAGCGGCAGCGCAACUUCGAGAAGCAGCGUGAGGAGCGUGCUAGUGUUGAAAAGCUGCAGAGCCAGCUGCGCCAGGAGCAGCAGCGGUGGGAGCGGGAACAUGCGCGACUGCAGGAGAGGGAGGACGAGGCACGCCAGCUCCGCCAGCAACUGGACCAGGAGCGCAUGGAGCUGGAACAGCAGCGCCAGGCCUACCAGCACGACCUGGAGCGUCUACGCGAGGCCCAACGCGCGGUGGACCGUGAACGUGAGCGCCUGGAGCUGCUGCGCAGGUUCAAGAAGCAGAACACCGUACCGGGGGCACUACCCCCAGAGGUGUUGGCAGAGGCCCAACCCACAAGCCACCCUCCCAGUUUCAAUGGGGAUGGACUAGAGGGGCGCUUAGCCCUAGCCAAAGCACCAGGGACCCAAGGGAGCAUGCUGCUGUCUGGCACAGGACCUGAGUACAUAGAGCGACCUGAGGUGGCCCGCUGGAAUAGUACCACUGCUGAGAGCCGGUCAGCCAAGAGUGAUGUGCCCAUCCAGCUGCUCAGUGCCACCAACCAGAUUCAGAGGCAGACAGCUGUGCAGCAGCAGAUCCCUACCAAGCUGGCUGCCUCCACCAAGGGGGGCAAAGAUAAGAGCAGCAAGAGCAGGGGUUCCCAGCGUUGGGAGAGCUCAGCAUCCUUCGACCUGAAGCAGCAGCUGCUUCUCAACAAGUUAAUAAGCAAGGAUGACAAUUCGUCACGAAACCGCCGGUCACUGAGUCCCAUCCUGACUACCCCCCAUGGAUCUGCACCUGCCCCAGAUCCCUGCUUCCCAGCCCCAAGCCCAGUCCCAAGCCCGGCCCCAGCUGCCACGCCCCCUGAGGUCUUCAAGUCUGGAGGCAUGCCUCUGCCACCUGCAUCCCCAGCUUCCUCACUGCCAAGCACACCACUCACCGCCAAAGAUGAAGCUGGCAAGGAAGAUGUCAUCUUCUUCUGAGGGGGCCAUGGCCCCAAGAGCAGACCCUUUUCUGUCCUGAUAACCCUUUGUCUCUGUUACUGUUCGGCCAUCUCCUUCCCCUGCCUGAGCACACACCAGGCACUUGCUCACCUGUUGGUGUCUUGGGUCUCACAGCUCUCUGUAGAAUUAGUGGUAAAGCCUGGGUAGCCUCUUGAGCCUUUUUAUAUAUGCAUGUGCAAACAAAGUUCUUUUAAACUGAAGGUUGAACUCCAGCCAAACCACAGAGCUGUUCUAAACCAGAGGUAGCAGCAAAAAGGUGGGAGGGCCAGGAGAAAAGGACAGGUGGGGCUAAGACGACACUGGCUCCAGAGGCAGGUUCCACAGCACCCAGAAGGUACUAGAAUCACCCAGAGUCCAGUGAAUCGCCCUUUCCAAAGCAGCAGUUGAUGCUGGCCACAGAGAGACUUGAUCAGUAAGUGAACUGGGCAAUGGCAGAGGGCCACAUGAUUGGGGAGGUUUGGGAGCCCAUGGGUCUGUGGGUUCACAAAUCAGUCUGAAGAAGGCUACCAACUGUCACUCCUUGUAGUAGUUGGGGGUUUUCCCAGUUCUGCCUCUGGAGGAGCACCUGCCGUGUCCUCAUACCCACCCAUCUGAGACACAGAACCCUGGGUUCAGCAGAGCAACACAUACCCCAGACAGUGUUUGGUCCCUGUGAGAUGAGCAGAUUUUUCCCUAAUUCUCCAGUGUCCUGCCAGAGAGGCAGGAGUCUGGUCAGCAGCUGGUCUGGUCUGGUCUUCUCCCCAGGGCUGGGCACCCAUAGGCUCAGGAGGUGACUGGGUGUGGUGACCAAGAAUCCUACAGCUGGUGGACAACAGGUGCUGAAAGUGGUGGUGUCUAAUGACUUCAGCACUCCAGGAGUGGUGUGGGGCCCCCUUGUCCGUCUCUGUCUUGUAUCCAGAGUGUGUCUCCAUUUACCAGACCUCAUCCGUGCCAUGUUGCUAAUCAGUGUUUUGUGGGUUUUUUUUUUUUUUUUGUGCGUGUUUUUUUGUACUGAGAUAUCAGAGCACUUUAGGAAAGCUGACCUUUAAGCUCCCACUCUCUGAAGAGAACAUUCCAGGACCCCACCCAAGUUGCGUGGGCUCACCAUCAGUUCAUAUGCCCUGAUCCCACCCCAGACACUAUGAUGUUUUGGAUUUAGAAGUUCAAAUGAUUUCCCCUUGGCCCUGAGUAGGAUUUUCACAUCCCUGCCAGGUGGCCAGGUGUUACCUCACUGUGUUCUGCACACCGUAGAACAGUGGUAUCAGUGUAUCUGUCACCAGCAGCCGUGGGGUCCUCCUUAGUGGGUCUCAUUUGUAAAGCUGGUGACCAGCAGCAUUCCCAACUCUGAGACUGAGUGGCAUCCCUUGUCAAUUGUGACCAUGAUCUUCGUCUACCCUGUGAUUAUUUCCACAGUGAUAGCAGAGCAUCCUAGCCACAGGGUAUUCUGGAAUCACCCUAGAACUUAUGACCAGAUUCUAGCAAUAAAAGCAUCCAAAGGCCCUCAGGUUGAAGCAGACCUUCUUUGGGGUUGGGAGGGGGAGGAGGGAGCUGUCUCCUGCUGAGAUUUUGGUGACAGAGAACACGAAUGUCUAAAAGGGAGCGGAUACUGUGGGUGUUGACAUGUAGAUGUGGUUCAGUUGAUAGAGUGCUUAUCUUGCAUACAUGAAGUCCUAAAUUCUGUCACCAGGUUGACAUGGUAUUGCACACUUGUAAUCUCAGCACUCAGGAGGUGGAUGUAAAGGACCAGAAGUUUGGAGUGGGGCUGGGGAGAUGGCCCAGUGGUCCAGGCAAGUGUGAGGGCCUGACCCCAAGUCAAAAGUUCGAUACAGAAGCAUAUCUCUGUAAUCCCAACACUAUCCCAGGCUAGAAAGCAGAAACGAGAAAUCCCUGGAAAUGCACUGGCAAGCUAGCCUAAUGUCUACAGCAGUGGACAGCGGCUGGAGCCUGAGGUUAUCCUCUGACCUCUCCACACAUGUGCUUUUCUGUUUGUUUGAGGGCUUGGAGCUGGAGAGAUGGCUGUGUUUAAGAGCACGGACUGCUCUUAGGGCCUGGAUUUGGUUCCCAUGGUGGCUCCAAACCAUUUGUAACUCCAGUUCUAUGGGGAUCCAUGGGCACCAGGCAUGCAUUGGCACACAUAUACUGGGGCACAUAUACAAGAAGUCUUUUUUUGAAAACUAAAAGUUUAGCUGGUUAUGGAUGGUGGCACACAACUUUAAUGCAAUGCCAGCACUCAGUAGGUCGAAGCAGGCAGACCUCUGUGAUUAUGAGGCCAGCCAAGGCUACAUAGUCUUGUCUCAAAAAAAAGAUAAAAAUGUUUCAAGCAUCCUCGACUACACAGUAAAUUCAAGGUGACCUGGCUCACAUGAAGCCUUGUCUCAAGCACAGACUAAGUAAGCAAUGGUGGGAGCUGGAGCUCGGGGGUGGACGACUUGGCUAGUAUAUGCGAGAUCUUAGGUCCAUUUCCAUCCAGAACCACUGGACAGCCCAGGUGAGCCCUUUCUGGAAGUGUCUGUCCUUUUGCUCUAUGUCUGCACCAUAUGUGGUUAAUGUCAAGGGCCUUCCCACCCCAGGCUUGGGCCUCAUCAAACUCUGUCCUCCUGGUACCCGGACUAGGUGAGGGCAUGGGCUCAGACUUCAGGUGGGGCACAGGACACCAAUAUGAUGUCCUUGAGUGCCGGAGCAGCUGCGACCACCCCAGGGUCAGGAGCCUGAUGCUGGCCUACAGGUGCUCCACAGGUGAGAGGCUGGGGUGCUCGGUUGGGUUCACUCUUGGGCCACACUACCCCAAGUGCUGCCAGCACAGCAGUGGCUCACGAACACCUGUCUUUGUAAAACCAAAAUUUCUUGGACUUCUGGCCAACACCAAAAGGGUGGGGGCUGGGAUCAUUGUAUCUCAACAGUAGAAUACUUGGCUCAUCAUCCCUAGUACCAAAAAUUGGGGGGAGGGUCAGGGAAGCAACCUGACCUAUGUAGCAGGGCUGUCUGAAAACAUACACACAAAAGACUGGUAUCAUGUAAAGUUCAAAGGCUGUGGUAUCUAGUCUACCAGGCUGGGCCCAGUGCUUCCCAAACAUCUUUCUUGGCUUUCGAAUUAAAAAUCAUACCCGCGAUCAGGUGAGAUGGCCCCGUGGGUAAAGGUGCUUGCCACCGAGCCAAUCCCCAGGACUCACAUGGUGGAAAUGGUGACACAUACACGAAAAUGUAAUAAAAA